AUGGAUGUUACAGAAGCACCAGCAGAUGUUCGUGGUCUCACCACUCCACAAUUAGAUGGAGGAGAGUUCACUGGUCAGUCUGUGCGAAAUAAAGUCACCAGAAAUGAUGAUCACAAUGAAGAUGUUUCAAAAAAUGCUACUAACCACGGCUCCUCAAUGUUGGAGCUUGUUAGGGAAAUCGAAGACAAGCUUGGAGAGUUUAAUGGAAUUAUUGAUGCAGGUGACGCAGACUUGGGUAGCAGAAUAGACAAUCUUGUUAGACGCGUUAAGAGCUUCGAAGACUCUUUAAUAAAGGAGAGAUCACCUCCAUAA